AUGACGGUGUCAAAACAGGAGAGUAAGGAAGAUUUUACAGAUACAGAACAGUAUGUUGCCUGGAAUUACCACGAGACGACCCCUGGAGAAUAUGACUUCAGCAACGCCAAAGAUAUUGUGUAUUUUCUGAGCCUUGCUCAGGAGAUAGGUCUGUUUGUCAUUCUGCGUCCUGGACCCUACAUCUGUGCUGAGUGGGAUCUGGGUGGUCUUCCAGCUUGGCUUCUGCAAAAUUCAACAAUCAGUUUACGAUCUUCUGAUCCAGAUUACCUGGCAGCAGUGGAUAGGUGGUUUGCAGUUCUAUUACCAAAGAUGAAACCCUUAAUGUACCAGAAUGGAGGCCCUAUCAUCAGUUUUCAGGUGGAGAAUGAGUAUGGGAGUUAUUUCACAUGUGAUUAUAAUUACCUGCGGCAUCUUCGUGAGGUCAUGCGCAAAUUCCUGGGUGAGGAUGUCUUACUUUUCACCACUGAUGGGAACCAGCUACAGGACCUGUACUGCGGCACCUUACAGAGGCUCUACUCGACUGUGGACUUCGGCACGACUGAUGACGUCAAUUCUUCGUUUCAAAUCCAAAGGCAGUUUGAACCUGAAGGCCCACUGGUGAAUUCCGAGUUUUAUGUGGGAUGGUUGGAUUACUGGGGAGUGGAACAUUCAGUUGUUCCAAUUGAAAAUGCCACCAGAAUGCUGGAGGAGAUGCUGCUACUUGGAGCCAGUGUGAAUAUGUACAUGUUUGAAGGUGGAACUAAUUUUGGAUACUGGAAUGGUGCUGACUACAACAUCAAGUACCGUCCUAUUACCACCAGCUAUGAUUACAAUGCCCCUUUGUCCGAGGCAGGAGAUCCCACACAGAAGUUUUAUGCACUGCGAGAUGUGAUUAGUAAGUUUCGAGCUGUCCCUUUGGGUCCAGUACCUCCACCCACUGUGAAGUUUGCCUAUGGUGCUGUCCCUAUGACCAAGUUCGGAGCACUGCUGGACUUCCUGAAUGUGCUCUCACCCGGAGGAGCUGUCAACAGCACCUACCCUUUGACCUUUGAGCAAAUGCAACAGUAUUACGGGUUUAUGCUGUAUCGUACACAACUGCCUCAGACCAUUGAGAAAGCUCUUCCCUUGGUGCCAGAAUUGAAUGGAGUGCAUGAUCGAGGGUACGUCCUGGUUAAUGGGGUAUUUCAGGGUGUGUUAGAGCGUGACAGUGUCCAUUUAUUAAACAUCACUGGCAGUAAAGGCGAUUCGCUGGACAUUGUGGUAGAAAACAUGGGCCGCAUCAACUUUGGAAGCUGUCUGCUGGACCUCAAGGGCCUCGUAAGGAACCUUACACUCGCUUCUACCAUCCUCACCAACUGGUCCAUGUUCCCCUUGGCAAUAGACGAUGUAAUUGAGAAUGGCUGGCCACAUUCUGUACAACAGGAAGAUGUGAACUCGAUGGCCCAAGGCCCUGCUUUCUAUUACGGGACCUUUGAAUCACGAAUGGCUCACGACACUUACAUCAGGCUGCAAGGCUGGGCAAAGGGCCAGAUCUGGAUCAAUGGUUUUAAUGUGGGGCGUUACUGGCCGGAAAGAGGACCCGAAGAGACUCUGUAUGUGCCCAAGAACAUUCUGAAUGAAAACUCCCCGAACAAUGUGACAGUGCUGGAGUUGGAAAGAGGUCCUGCCAAACCUUCAGUUGUAUUUCAGGAUCAUGCAAUCCUGACCUCAAAGGGCUAAGAGAAAGGAGCGAUAUAUUGCUAUUUAUGUCAUACUGCUGCAAGCUCCUAAUCUGUUUGAGUGCAGCAACAGUUAAUCUGUGUCCUGCUGCCAUUAUUUACAGGUGCUAUAUACAUACUCAUUUAAACACAAAGACACAGGAGCCAUUAAAAAUAAUCAAUUAAUUAAACUAAUGCUUGGAGCAGCAUACAGCAAUGAGCAGGGAUAGUCUUGGGUCCGAAGCGGUACAAAAUGAAUGUGCCAACUCCAUCCUGCACUCUGAAGGGCUCAAAUGUAGCCAGCUGGCUCUCUGGGAUGCAGCGACCUGCACAAACUAGCUUUUGCAGCAGGUGUGUAGAUGUAGAGGGCCUGAUCUUGCCAUUCCAGGCACUCAUACAGGAGUCACAGGGCAGCGAGACGGAGUAUCUCCCACUGCAGAAACUAACUCCCCUGCCCAUCACUUCUGCAACUGUGACCUCAGAACUGAGAUGACCAUGGAUCAGGGCAGACCAUGGAUCGUUCUGAUCAAUGGGGCUUAGUACCAUUGUCUUAGCCAAGAGACUGGUUGACUGUGAGACUGGAGGGAGGGGAUAGUGUCUGUGUUGGUGGCUGAUGUUGGGGAGUCCUGGUUUAUCACUGCGAAUUCCCAGGACUGACCCCUGUAAAUUCGUCUCAUGAGAAGUUUUAAGAUCAUUGCAAAACAGUCACAAAGAUUGCAUCAUGUGAUUACCUUUGUAUUGUACAAACUUCAGUAAAUAACCAGCAUUAUGGAGGAAGCAUUAUUGUAA